GCCCACCGUCGUCAGGAGCCCGGGAUCGCAGCUUCUCCCCCGCUUUCCAAGCUGAACUGUUCCUCUGCAGUCGCUACCUGGUGGGAAGGACGACGGCCGCCCCGCCCCAGCCCCUGCCCAGGGACGUCCCUCCGAAGGAAGGUAAGGACAGGCGCUGUCGCCACCUGCGCCCCUCCGCCCUCUGAGCCCGGGGGUAGACACUCUGAAAACAGAUCAGUUCAUGCUGCGUAUGGAUCGUCUGCGCAAAUCCCUGCGAUAAAGGUUGAGACGGCCUGGGCGCCUUGCUCCUGCCCCUGUUAGUGCGGUUAUGGGGUGGAAGCAUGCCGCGUUCUCUGGAAAGGCGAGGACAGCCCAGAUAAGUGAUAGCCACAGCUGCCACUCACUAAGCACUCACUGUGUGUCUGGCAAAGCAGAACACUUUGGGAUGUGUUAUUUUCACGUGCUUCAUCUAAGGACCGGAUGAAGGAGGCACUAAUCCUAUGCUUAAUAAAAGGGAGGGGAAAUCAGAGCACAGAGAGGUUCCCUAAUUUAUCCCAGGGCAUCCAGCUCUAAGUAGAUCCUAGAUUCACACCCAAUUUCUGAUGUCAAAAGCUCUGACUUGUCUUAAUCUGAAGUCCCUCCAAAAGACAGAAUUCCUAGUAGGCUUCAUCGCUGUUCUUGGACAGACACAGAAACCCAAGAUUAGUGAAUUAAUUUCACAGAUUUGCCCGGUUCCAUUCUGGGGUGUCCACAAACUUCCAUCCUGGGCAGACACGGUGCUGGGUUCUGGGACACACUUCUCGACUCUAGGGCCUUUGAAGGCCUGGGAGGGUAUGUUUGGAGAAUCCGGUUUGUGUGGUUCUGGGGACAGCAUGGAUCAGUCCUCAGUGCAAAUGUAUAUAAAAGACUGAGAGGACCUGGCCCAGGUACCCAGUGGAAGCAGAGGUUUCACGUGGGCAGAGCAGUGGUGCAGGAGAGGGAAUCGCUUUGUUGGGGGGCAUGGGCGAGGCAGGCACGGUUUGGUGCGGGCAGUGGAGAGCUUCCUUGAGCCAUCAGGCAGAUCUGCAAGGACCUGUCGGAGCCUGGAGGCAGGUCACAUGGCAGGAUCAACCCACGGGCUAGCUGACCUGGGGGCAAGCAGGAGGGUGAUAAGAGCAUGCACUUAUGUGACAAGGUCCUAGAGGUGGCUGUGAUUUCUACACAAAUUCUGCUUUCCUUAGAGUGGAAGUGUAUGUGUCUGUGUGUGAGACAUCCAAGAUCAUUGUUUUUCUUCUUUGCAUUUCAAGUUUUAUCAUCGUACAGGCUGAAUAAAGCACUUAUACACAGAAAACUGCCGAGGAAAAAAUUACAUCGGAAAAGUCACUGGCGUUAUUCUCAUCAACGAGGCAUAUCUUAGGAAGUACUCAGUCACGCGUUUUGCUAAUGAAUGGUUUAGAGUGAGAGCAUGGGCAUUUGUUGCCAAGUGAGUCAUUGUAACUAUUAAUGCUGGCUGGGCUUCUAAGGGAGUUUGAAAGUGGCCUAACACCUCCUGGCUUUUAUGAAUUAUUGUUCUUGGAGAAUGGUCAGUUUUCCAGGGUGAGAUCUGUGAAUGAAAGCAGCAGGGUGGAACCAGGUGCUCAGAUGAUGGCACUUUGGACAACCUAGAAGAGCCUGGUACUUCAUGGCCUUGACUGGGAGAGAGCGGGCAGCCCACUUUUGACCUUCACUGUCGGUCACGUAAUUUGAGGAAGAAUAUCCAUUUGGAGCAGAAUUCUAAACAUGCAUCACAGAGAAUGGCUCUUGACCCUUUGGGUUCUUCUGUUGAUAAGGAGCUCAGAAGCUUGUACUUCACGUGAUUUCAUUACUGCCCUGGAAGGGGAACCUUUCUAUCUGAAAUAUUGCUCAUCCCUACCUGUGCAUGAGACAGCACCAUCCACCAUCAGGUGGGUCAGAAGCAGCAAGUCCCAUGAGCCCAUGGAGCUAAAGGCUGGCAGUUCACCCAGAAUUACUGUGCAUGGUUACACCUUGGAGUUCUGGCCAAUUGAAUCGGAUGAUGAGGGAAAUUACUCUCUCAAAGUGGGAAAUGAUACCAAAACAUGGACAUUAAAUGUUGUCAGAAGAAAUAAAACCAAAUGUUUUACUGAAGAACUAGUACGUAGUAGACUUAAGGAAGUAGAAAAAGUACUUGAUAUAGACUGUGAAAAUAGCUAUUAUCAACAUCUGGUCAACCAAACAUCAUUGUAUAAGAACUGUGAAAAGAUAGCUGAGAGCAAUAAAAACCCAUUGAUACGGAAGGAUGCUGAGUUCACCGAUCAGGGGUAUUACACCUGUGUGCUUUCUAUUCAUCAUAAUGGAAAACUGUUCAACGUCACCCACACUUACAAUGUAACAAUAGUUAAAGGUCUUGGUGCUAUAUCUCCAGCUCUUCUUGGACCAAAACGUCGCUAUAUAGAAGUGGAAUUAGGAAGUGAGGUAGAGCUCAACUGCACAGCUUUGGUGAAUGAAGAUGACCAGGUUUAUUGGGUCUACCAGAGAGAUGAUGGAUCAACUCUUAAUGAACAUGAAGGAAAUUUAACAAAAUUUCUGACUUCGGAGGGCAAAUGGUUUGCUUCAAGAAUAUUGAAAAUUAAGAACGUUAUUGAAAAAAAUCUAAAUUUUUCAUACAAGUGCACUGCAAUCAAUACAGCAAGCACUGACAUCCAAAACUUCAUCUUGAUUAAACAAGGUCGGGCUGACCUCCCAAGCCAUGUCUUCAGGAGAGGGAUCAUCACUGCCAUUUCGGUUUCGGCCGCAGUGGUGUGCCUCACGGUUCUGUGUGUCCUUUAUAGAGUUGACUUGGUUCUGUUCUAUAGAAACUUAACAGAGAGAGACGAAACAUUAACAGAUGGAAAAACGUAUGAUGCUUUUGUGUCUUACCUAAAAGAAUGUCGACCAGAGAACGGAGAGGAACACGCUUUUGCGGUGGAGACUUUGCCCAGAGUGCUGGAGGAGCAUUUUGGGUAUAAACUAUGCAUAUUUGAAAGGGAUGUAGCGCCUGGAGGAGCUGUCGUGGAUGAAAUUCAUUCCUUGAUAGAGAAAAGCCGGAGACUCAUCAUUGUCCUGAGUAAAAGUUACAUGUCUAAUGAAGUCAGGUAUGAACUCGAGACUGGACUCCAUGAAGCGCUGGUGGAACGGAAAAUUAAAAUAAUCCUCAUCGAAUUUACACCCGUGAGCGACCUCGCAUUCUUACCCCAAUCACUCGAGCUUCUGAAGUCUCACAGAGUUCUGAAGUGGAAGGCUGAGAAAUCUCUGUCUUAUAACUCAAGGUUCUGGAAGAACCUUCUUUACUUGAUGCCUGCAAAAGCUGUCAAGCCAGGUAGAAAGUAAUCAGGAAUCGUUCCCAUUCUUUUAGCAUCCUUCCCCUCAGACAAACUGAGUGUCAGAAAGAACUCGAGGUUUCCUAGGCCUUGAGUGUAUGAGCCUGUUCAUAAAGGCUAUCCUUCAAAGUAUUUAACUCUAUGAAACUCCUACUCACAGUCUGAAGAUGAAAUUGGUCAGCAGAUCCCCAGGGUCACAACUGAACACUGAGCUGUGGUCGUGUGUUCCCAGAAGACCCGGGAGUUAAGAAGUAGAACUCCUCUUUCUCCCUUGUCUGUAACUGGAUGCAGCUGCUGAAAUUUAAUCCAGUUUUCCACAAAUUUUGGACUGGACAUGAUGCAAAAGAGCUCAUGCUUUAUGAUAAGGGCACUUCUGUUUUUAAUGCUGAAGAAUAAUUUGAACUAGAUGAUUUUAAGUGAAUGACAUUUCCUAUGAACCGGUGGUGACAGAGUUUCUGGAAUUCUGCCUGUUCUUCCCAGUAACAGCCACCUCCAUCUGUGCGGGAUCGUGUGUGAGUGUGCUAGGGGAGAGCUGGCGGGCUGCCUGUAGAUAGGCGGUGAGAUAGGAGCCCUCAUGAGCAUGUCUUCAACUUUGGAAAGCCUCCCGUGCCUCUGUGCCAAGACUAAGGUCUCGGUGUCCUGUGUGGAGCUUGCUUAUUUGUUGACCUACUUAAGGAAACUGAUUAAAGGGAAUCUAAAACACCUUUUAUCUUGCAUGAGAAACAGAGUUUCUUUCUCUGUUGUUUUUUUUUUUAUUUUUUUAUUUUUUUUUAUUGCCAGUGGGCAGGUACUUUCCCCAGACACACACACACACACACACACACAC